GUGAAAAAGGCAAUAGGAGCAGAGGAGUUUCCGAGUUUCCGUUAUCCGUUUAAUCUUCUUCUUUUCUCUCUCAAAAAAAAUCCCAGCUUUUCUUCUUCUGCAAAAAAUAAAAAAAAUCACACAGGGUUUUCGAGGCAAAUCUCGAAGCUUCUUUUGAAUCCUAUUUCGCUGAGAAGCCAUGGUUUCCGAUUCGAUCACCAACGUCUCCAUUCCUUCCGCCCCAAUCAACAGCAAAAGCGCCCGCGAUUUGAGCAAGAAGAAGAGGGCGAGGUCAGCCAAAUUGAAGCAGUGCAAGCUGGACGUUCGCCGCGAGCAGUGGCUUUCUUCAGGUGCGGUGAAGAAUAAGGACGGCAAGGAGGAGCAGCACGGCGGCGUUCAAGGCCGCAGAGAGCGGAGUAGCCCUCGGUCCUUGCAGGAAAUGGGGCCGAGAGAGGGAGAGAACGUCGGAUCGAUCCCUCGGCAGCACCACCACCACCACCAUGACAGUGAUUUGGAAUCGAACAGUCCGUCCAGCUUCACGAGUAGUGUGCUGGGCGGCCAUGAUUCGGAGACUUUCACCGGCUCCAGCAGCAGUAGCAGCAGCAGCGGAGACUGUUGCUCUGGUAAUAUCACCGAGGAGGAUGAGGAUGAUGGCUGCCUGGAUGAUUGGGAGGCCGUGGCGGAUGCGUUGGCGGCGGAUGAGAAGCCGAAGGAACCACCCCGGGAGCGUGAGGCGGUUGUGAAAACGGUUCCUCCUCGUCAGACUGAGAAUUCGAAGCCUCAGUGUGGGAGAGCUAUGCCUAAAGCUUGGAGGCCUGAUGAUGCUUUUCGCCCCCAUUGUCUGCCCAAUUUGGCUAAGCAGCUCAGCUUGCCGAAUAAUAGCGGGAAACGAUUUGGUGGUGGUGUUCCGUGGGCCUGUAACAGUGUGGCGUCUCCUCCCUCUUCGUGUCCUAUAUGCUAUGAAGAUUUGGACUUGACAGACACCAGCUUUUUGCCGUGCUUGUGUGGAUUCAGGCUCUGCCUUUUCUGCCACAAGAGGAUUCUUGAGGGGGAUGGUCGCUGUCCUGGCUGCAGGAAGCCCUAUGAGAAUGAGCCUAUUGAGGCGGAGACAAGUGUCCAUGGAGGUAGUCUUACAUUCUGUUUGCCUCGUUCUUGUAGCAUGAUCACAAGGUCUUAAGGAAGAGCUGCUCGUGAGAUAUGCAUGCUGGUCUCUAAUUUCUUUUUGUGGGAUUUCGUGUUCUAGCAGUCUUAGUAUUUGGUUUCACUUUUUAGAUGUGGGUGUAGGGUUUUGAGCGCCCGGGAAUUGACCUGCUUCUAUUAUGAGUUGGUUCUUAUGUGCUGAUGUAGAGGACUCAGUGUUCGUAUGUGAAUAGAUAAGGCGGUAUAGAAAUUGAAUACAUGAAACAGACAUACAGUAUGUGGUAUUACUUUUGAAUUUGUCUAAAUUUCUUGCUUUUAUGGUUAAUGGGCUUACC